CAUAUAGAGUUAGAGAUGACCGCUUUCAUAGGUAAAGCUAAAGACCUAUCUGAAACCCUUUCAUCGAAUUCAAAUCCAAGAUAAUGUAUCACGAUGAUACUGCCCAACCCGAAUCAACUUACUUCAAAAUAUGUAAGACGAAAAGUAAUUAGUUUUAACUGCUCUGAGAACUACAACUAUCCUCGAGGUCGCCAGGCAUUGCAAAACCAAUAGUACAAAAAGUACAAUUUUGUGUCUAGCAAAUGCAAAAAUUGUGAAUUUACCUCAAUUCUGACAUAGUGCAACAAAUAAUUCUUACAGAUACAGUGCGACAAUUAUAAUAUAUCUAAUGUAGACAUGAUCGGGAGGAGACUUGGGGUAGUUCUUACUACAUCAACAACUGAACUUUUUGCAAGUCAGUGCAUCC